UUAUAGAAAAUUUCAUUUUGAAUUACGAUAUACGAAUUUAUACAAUAUCGGAAAAUGUAUUAAAGCACUACAAUUAUUUUGGUAUUGCUUUAAAAAUUAAAAAAGUGAUUAAAAAUAAUUAACUUUGAACAACGGUGAAUUAUUUUCAACAUGCCUGAGCAUUUGGAACUUCAACAAUUGGUUGAUAUAUCAGCAGGCAGCGGAGAUGAAACCCUUCCGAACCUUCUGGAGAAUAAACGCCCACUGAUCAAGAGAUGCCCUUAUCUUGGAUUACUACUUGCGACACUAUCCUCGUUGUUCUUUUCAUUAUGCUCCGUUAUAGUCAAAAGUCUGGUAAAUAUAGAUCCCUUGCAACUAGCUAUGUUUCGUUUCAUAGGUGUAUUAUUACCAACAAUUCCGAUAGUCAUAUAUACGGAACAACCAGUAUUUCCUGAAGGUAAACGUUUGUUACUCGCUUUACGUUCUGUGGUGGGUACAGUCGGCCUGAUGUUAAGUUUCUAUGCAUUCCGACAUAUGCCACUUGCCGAUGCAUCUGUUAUUGUAUUUUCAGUCCCAGUUUUUGUUGCAUUAUUUGCUCGCGUAUUUUUAAAAGAGCCAUGUGGUAUAUGGAAUACUAUAUCCAUAAUAUUAACACUUAUUGGCGUGAUACUGAUAACACAGCCACCGAUAUUCUUUGGCAAUGAAAAACCCGAGCAUUACAGUAGUCUAUUUGGUGCUGUAGCAGCAUUCAUGUCUACAAUAUUUGGAGCUAAUGCAUAUGUUCUUUUGCGUGUUCUCAAAGGAUUGCACUUCUCUGUGAUAAUGACUAAUUUUGGGGGUUAUGCUUUAUGCCAAACACUAUUUUAUUCUAUCAUCUUUGGCAUUUUGUGUAUGCCAAGUUGUGGAACGGAGAGAUUUCUUGUUGUUUGCCUUGCUAUUUUCAGUUACUUGGGACAAAUUUUACUUACAAUGUCUUUACAAAUGGAACAAGCUGGUCCUGUAGCUAUAGCCCGAUCUGCGGAUAUUGUAUUUGCAUUCCUUUGGCAGAUUAUGUUCUAUAAUGAGAUUCCUAGUAGAUAUUCAAUUCUAGGAGCUAUUCUUGUAUUGAGUUCAGUUAUGUUAGUAGGACUUCGGAAAUGGGCUCUUGGGUUACCUGCAGAUUCCCAACUGAGGAAAAAGCUUGGUGUUUUAGCACAAUAAGUACUUAAUUUCAUUUCAACAUAACACUUUUGAGGGUAUAAAAUAUCCUUUAUUUAUAAGAAUCAUUAAAGUUAUCCAUACAUAGUCAUACAACUAGUCAUAAAAUAUUUAAUUUCUAGUCAUUUUCC